AUGGUUUACCUAGUUGGAAAACAUGUUUCCAUCUAUAAUUACGAAAAAAGAACUCAUUCUUUCAUUUUAAAAAGUAACAACAUUCUGGAAAUACAUUGCUUUGCUAUUUCCCCAAAUAGAGCUCUUAUAGCAUUGAGUGAAUCAUUUAUCGAUCAGAAAAAGAAACUUAGCAACACCCCAAACACAAAAGACGCAGUAGAACAUCAAAUUUCUGUUUAUAAUUUCAAGAAUGCAAAAAGAGCAAGAGUACUUAGUGUUGUAGGACCAUCUGGUAAAUCGACUCCAGUUAUUUCAAUGGCUUUUUCAGGAGAUGCUCAGUAUUUGGCAGCAGUAACAGAUGAACCUGAACAAGCAAUUUAUUUAUGGCAUCUAGCAAAAGCAAAUAGAAUAUCAUGUAAAAAAAUACCAUUCAAAGUAACUCAAAUCUCUAUUAAUCCUUAUUCCCCUUGGCAACUUGCUACUUCUGGGCCAGAUGAUAUGAAAAUUUGGAGAUACACAGAAGGAGAGUUGAAACAUAUUGACCCAAUAGGGAGUGACAAGUAUACUUACAAAUGUCAUUCUUGGUAUGAUGACGAAAAGUUGCUUGUAGGAACUGAGGAAGGUCAGGUACUUGUUAUCGAAGGGAAAAAUGUCGUAAAAGUGAUUUCCAAUGUUCACCCUAAUGCAUCAGGUAUCCUUUGUAUUGAGGCAAUAGAUAGAGGUUUUGUUUGUGCUGGUGAAAAUGGUUAUUUCUCUGUUUUUGAAAGGACGUACGAUUCAGAACAUUUUAAUCAUUACAAAAAAUUUAGAACUAUUGAAAAAAGGAAAAUUGUUGCAUUGUGUGUUUCCAGAAAGGAGAAUAAUGUAAUUUGUAGUUAUGAUGACAACAAACUUGCCUUCUUUUCUUUAGCGAAUGUAGAUAUUCUCAAAGAAAAUGAUAACAACUUUACACUCCUGCCUGUGGGAUUCCAUGGCCAACUAGUUCUAGGAAUGUCAAAUUGUAUUCAAAAACCGUUACUUGUUACUUGUGGAUCUGAUAGGACAUUACGGUUAUGGAAUUAUGUAAAAAGACAAAUCGAGCUGGAAAAAACAUUUGAUGAGGAUGUUUAUUGUGUAACUUUGGAUCCAACUGGAACAAGAAUAUUACUAGGAUUUAGGUACAAGUUGAGUUGUUAUGCAAUAUUAUCAAAUGAUUUAUAUUUAUUACAUGAUUGGCAUAUUAAGGGAUGUAAGCUAGCCAACUAUUCGAAUGGAGGACAUUAUUUUGCAUGUGUAUCGGCAACAUCAAUAUUGGUUAUAUCCUCUCUAACAUUUCAAGUUGUAAAUACAUUGAGAGGGCAUAGUGGAAUCAUUAAAUCAGUGGUUUGGGGUAAAAAUGAUACUCAACUUGCAUCAGCAAGUUUUGAUGGAACUAUCUGUGAGUGGGAUAUUGUAUCUGACAAACUAAGAAUACAUGAAAAUGUUGUUAAAACUUGUGCAUUCAGAUGCGUUGCCUAUGAUCACAAAAAUCACAUGUGCUCUGGAGUUGGAAGUGAUGGUAAUUUGUGGACGUUUGGAGGUGGAACACUAUUCAGUCAAAUUCCAACAAAGGAAGAUCUAACCUGCCUUGUUUAUUGUUCCCAGGCUGAACUAGGGAUUGUUGGUACAGCAAGUGGAAAACUUCUCUUGUAUGCUUGGCCUCCAGAUGACCAUGCGUUUGUAGAGUAUGAGGUUCACAAUGGUGCAAUUUCAUCUAUAAUAUUAAGUCAGGAUGAAAAGUUUCUGUUCACUUUAGGAGCAGAUGACACUCUUUUCAUGCUAGAAAUUGAGACAAGAAAAGAAGGAAAAACUCUUCAAUUGAAAUCUGUAGAUUUUGAUAAGUUUUAUGAUCUCUAUUACACACUGAGAGGAAUAGAAGAAGAAACAGAACAGCAAAUAAUGGAACUUUCAGAUAAAGCAAAACUAGCAAGUGAUGAAAAUGAACGAAAAUACCAACACAUUGUGGAUAGAUAUGACCAAGAACUUGAGUCUCAAAAAAUGAAAUUUACAAACGAUAUUAAGGAAUUAAAACGAAGGAAUGAACUACUAAAAUCUCAGUUAACAGAUCAAGAAGCUAAUUCCAAAGAAAACGUUAACAGAAUUGAGUAUUCACAUCAGGAAGAAAUAGACCAUGAGCGAACCAUCUCUGAAAACCUCUUGAAAGAAACAAAAGAAAAAUAUGAUAGGGAAAUAGAAAGUUUGAAGGAGAAACUAGCAUACUUUGUUGAUUUGGUGAAGGUUAUGACCGAGAAACACGAAGAAGAAAUUGAGAAAUUGAAGCAAGAGUAUGAGGAAGAAAAACUUCAGCUGGUUGAAACCUAUGAUAACCUUAGCCAAGACUUUAAACAAUUAUCAAGUGUUUAUCAGGCGACAGUACAACAAUCAGAGGAAGAUUUUGACACUCAACUUAAAAGAGUUAAGACAUCCUUGAUUCAUACAAUCGAAAAACACAAACAAUCCGUUAUUGAAGCCAAAGGAGAGGCUGUUAAAAAAGGAACCAAAGUUGAAGAGCUGAAGAAGGAAAUAACCUUGCUCAAGUCAAAAAUAAAUGAAUUUGCGAGGAAUUAUGAUGAAAAGGAUGUAGUGAGAAUGGGAUUUGAUAAAGAGAUAAGUAAAAAACAUGAUGAGGAGUAUGAUGAAGAAUAA